AUGGCGAGAGGCAGCACCACGGCCGCCCUGCGACACGCCGUCCUCGCCGCCCGGACCACGUGCGCCAAGGUGCUGAAGAAACUGGGCCCCCGUGGAGGGCGGCGGCCGCGCCACCACGUAGCGAUGGCGGCCAGCGACAACCCGGUCUUCUCCUGCGGCGAGCCCGCCGUCAGCCCAGCAGAACCGCAGCGGCCGCAGCCCGACGCUCAGCCGGAGGACGCCAAGAGCCGCCUCACAGUCCUCACCUGGCUGGACGACGUCGCGGACCUGGAGGACAUGGACAACCGCCUCAACGAGGCGCUCGAGGCCAAGAUGGCCGCCGCCCAGCGCGGCGGCUGCAACAGUGGCUAGACCCUCGCUGCUCCGCCAGCAUCUGCACAAUACGUGCGAAACGUCAGAACUUCUACCUCGCAUUCUGCGUAGAACAAGAUUUAUUAGCGUUUUGUAAUACACACACGAUUACAAAUAUUAUAUUCACGUAAUACUUCCAUUUAGCAGUAUUACGUAAACAUUCACUUGAACAAGUGAAUCUUUGUUACCUGAGUACAAGAUAUACGCUUGCUGAUAAAUGUAGAUACAUUUUAUUUAUCGAUCUAAAAAUUAUUCUUAUAUUGUUUAGGAUAAAUGUAGAUACAUUUUAUUUAUCGAUCUAAAAAUUAUUCUUAUAUUGUUUAGGAAAACUUCUGUAUCACUGUCUCUAAACUGCAGCUGUAAAUACUUUUCGCAUAAGUCUUUUUUUACCAAAUUUCCUAAAAUAUAAGAUAGAGUAUAUUUACAUCAAAAUCUGUGCUUCCUGUUGUACAUAUUGUAUAAUACAUAUGCUAUAGCCAUUUAUCUAAAAGAAGUCUUUCAUAAUGAUCCAGUGCUUACAGAUACUGUAUAGAACAUUUAAAGAUAAACAUAUUGUGAUAAUCUGCUCAAA